AUGUCAGAGGAGAUCUCCAGCUCUAGAAAAAUGGCCGAGAGUUCGAGUAUGUGUUCUAUUAAAAAUUCCGUGGAGCUGAGCAAACUAGAACCCAAGAGCACUGGUUGUGAUUAUAAUAACUUUGAAGAGAUGCAGGGUGAAGAGGUUGAGCAAGCAAAGAGAGAUGCUACUGCUGAUAGUACUGGUAUACUAAUAGGACGGUUCCUCUUCAGGGGAGUGACUGGUGCUGUGGCUUCUCUUGGUGCGUUUGGACAGAAGAAUGGACCAAAAGGCGCUACAAAAAUUAAAGAACCUCAAUCACACAGGCAAACAACCGCGGAAAACCGAACCGGACCUCAACUACACGGAGAAGCUGACCCUUUGGAUGUCGCCUUUCAGCAUUCAGCAGAGCUACAACAGAAGAACGCUGAACUCACCAAGCGGUUGUCAACUUUGGAAAAAGAAAAGAAACUAGAAAUUAAUGAUCUCACAACACAUUUGAAAGAGUUACAACGUGCUGUGACAGUAUUGAACAGAGAUGUUGAGAAAAAGGAUAAAAAGAUUGUCGAGAUGAAAACAUUGGUUCAAAAACUCUCUGACAAGAAGCGAGAUGGGUCAUUAGAACUUGCAAGGGCUCUCCAUAAAAAAGAUACUAAAAUUGAAACGUUAACACAAUUACUUCAAACAGAAAAAGGCAAACUCAGGGUUACUUCUACUGAGCUACAAGAAGCACUUCGAGAGAAAGAAACGCAAAUAGCCGAUCUAGAAAAUCAACUGAAAGAGUAUGAAGCUAAGGUGCUUGAAAUGGAGCAAGUCAGAGACCACUCAAAGAGUCAGAGCAAGGCUAUGCUGGUAGUGAAACAAGAGCUGGAUGCAACCAAGAUGUCACAUGAUGAUCUUGUGCAAUACAUUGGCUCCAUGGAACGUCAAGUCGCUGAUACAGAGACCCACUGUCGUAAACUCGAGGCUCAACUCAAUGGUGCCAGAGAAGAUUACAACAUUGCACAGCAAGCAUUUAGGGACACUAGGGAAGGUUUGGAGGCUGAGCUUGAAAGUGUUAGAGAGACCCACUCUAAGUUGUCGACCACCAACAGUUCACUGGAGGCUCAAUUAUUUCAGGCCCAAGAAAAGAUAGACAAUUUAUCUGUCGAGAAAGAAGCAUUCGUACAGGAGCGAGCAGUUCUGAAACAAGAGUUUGUUGAGCUUCACGAUAAGCUGGGAUUCGCUACAGCAGAGGCUGAGCUGUACAAAGAAGACUUUGAGAAUGAGCGGAAAGAUAGGGAAAAAGCUCACGAUCUUAAAGAAGAGAUGAGAUUUGCUUGUGAUGAAAAGGUUCACGCGAUGGCAAAGGAACAACAUGCUUUAUUCGAAACUAUACAAAAUCUAACAAGAAAAAUUAAAGAGAUAUCUAAUAAAAAGAAACGCGUACAAACAAAUAUGUCAAAAUCGGAGGCCCAUGAUGAACUGCUGAAGGUGCAACUGGAUAAUCAUUCACUUUGUGAUGACAAUGAAAAACUAAACAGAUCUCUUCAAGAAGUACAGGAGCAGUUUGCUCGUCUGAAGGUACGUCACCUCGAGUUAAAGAAGGAGGUUACUAUUGCCACACCCACCACUCCUUCUACUGAACCAAUUCAUCUCAACCAGGUCUCUGUCAUACAAGAUACCCCUCAAGGAAGAAACUCGGACAGUAGCGACCCCACCGCUAUACCAAGACCCGAUCCGAGCAACAAGUAUAGUAUAGCUCAGCAACUACCAACCAUGCCUAGCGUGAACAUUGUUCCUCGAGAAACGCAGGACAACUAUAACCCACAACCCGAGGCUAGACUUGUACCCAACUCGCCAACUGAAGGUCUCCCGUCUAUGAACUUUGACGAACCUAGGUCAGCUCAUGAUAGGGUCGAGGUAAAUGGUUUUCGAAAUGCUGCCGAGCGAAACGAACGGCAAUCAUGUACUGGACCACAACCCGAUAAUAGCAUCCGCUAUCCUCCGGGCUUGAAAGUAAAGCAAAGUCGUAGUAGUGCCCCUAGUAGCACCAAUCUAGCGCUACCGGAACAAGCGGCUAGCCCCACUGAUGCCUUAAAAAUGUCACUGGUUUUGGGCGAUCAACAGUUGGAGAGACCCUCCAAUAUGCCUUCCGACUUCAAUCAAAGCCAUUACCCUGCUAACAACACUCACCAAGGAGGUGGCUAUCAAGAUCCAGUCAACAACUCUCAAUGGCCAAACCAGCAACCAUACCUGCAAGACCACUACUACCAGCAGCAGACAGUCCAGCCUGGUCCUCCUCAGUAUGAACAGCCACGGUCACCACACUAUAACCCACAGCAACAGAAUUAUGGACCAUCAAAUGAUCAGCAGCAAAGUCCUCACUGGUGUAACCAUGGUCAGCAAUAUCCUAAUUCUCAAAGGGAGAGCAACCAACAAUACCAAGGUGCCAGACAACAAGCAUACAACUAUCCUAAUGAUGGACUGCAACCUCAGCAGUACAACACUAUAACUCCGUCUUACCCAAGCAACUUCAGAGAUGAUGACGCCCAUUCCCCUGUUUUAAAUAACCAUAACUCUUUGUCUGAAAACGCCUCUAAUCCGAUUCCAUCAAACAUUUCUUCACGGCCAUCCAUUAACGGGUAUGGUGUGGAUAUGAGCCCUGAAAAGCCAAAACCAAAACCACGAGCUCAUUGUAAAUCAGACACUCCCUCACCAGUUUCAAAUCCACAACAGCUCAAUCCGAAUCGUACCGAACUUCUUGUCAAACCCAACGGCCUGCAAGAAGGCAUAGAUCGAGAGAUUAGCGAGGUAGCUGCUGCAGUGAGUCAGGUGACAAGGAAGGAAGGAGAAAGGGAGGGUGCUCCACUAGACCCCAACCUGGUCUGUCCAAUGUGUAUGAAGCAGUAUCGCAUCAGAGAAAUACAACUGUACAGAGCUCACGUCAACAAGUGCGAUGGAACUAGACACUAAUGAACUCCCCAGUUUUUCUUUUGUUUUAGGUACAGUCGGAGUGCAGUACGUAUAGCCAUUUCUGCAUUACCAUGCCUAGGCUACUGUACCAGUUUUGUUUUGUAUACUUGUCUCAUGUAUUCAAGGCUUUUUUCACUUCACUGUUGCUG